AUGUCAGAUCUUCCGAUCGCCAUGAAGGAAACACCAUCUCCCGCUGUAGGCGACAGGCUAAGGUGGUCAGAAGAAGAGGAUACAAAAUUUAUAAACGCAUUGCUCACGCAUAGAGGCAUCUCGUUCGCGAAGCUCCAGAGGGAAUUCCUCCCGAACCGCACUUUAGACUCCUUGAGGGGACGAUUCAGGGUCUUGAGGGAGAAAGGUCACAUACCUAGCCAGAUUCAAUCAUUUAGAGCCCGAGACAUUGGUGUCGAGCCUAAGAAUAAUGAAAAUGAAACACCUAGCAUCGUAUCGUAUGGAACUAAUGGGACAGACCAUGAUGGUGGCACCAAGCGGCCACAGGAGGGGGAGGGAGCGCCUUGCGACGGACUCGACUCAAAACGACGACGGGAGCUCUCUCAAGGGGACGUUCAUUUACGCAACAGCGUUAAUUACGACGUUUCAAAUGAUCACCAGUAUCGUGCAGAUAUUAAUGACAACGAAUCCCCUGACGUGAGCUUAGAAGGGGAAAACAGAACUGGUCGAAUACUCGAGAUUACGAAAGGUGAUGACUUCGCUAAGAUAUAUGAAAAGGCUAGAAUGUGCUAUGCGGAAACAAAGAGGGCCAACGACGCGCUUCAAGCGAAAACGGAGCUUGAGGCGCGAUUAAAAGCUAUGGAAGAGGAGGUCAAAGAACUACGAGAGGCAGCAAAUGCAAAGAAGGAAACUGGGAAAGAACAAGGGAUGCAAGUUCUUAAGCCGGCACCGGAGCGUCGUGGAGUAGAGGCCGCUUGGGCAUUACUUCGCUCGAAUGCCAGACAGCUAUUUUCGAUUAAAACGUGGCAGGACGACGGCUUGGAAGGGCUUUUCGACAAACUAUUGGAGGCCAGCCUCCAAGAGGAAAACCAACACUCCAACGGUCAAUUACAGUGA